GAGAGAGAGAGAGAGAGAGAGAGAGAGAGAGCAACUGUAUUUUAUGUAGAAAUUAAUGUUACAUGGAUCUUCUUAAAGAUCCAGAUUUACAGAAAGUGAAGCCAGAUAGACAAAGCUCUAUGGAGAUAUCUGACCAAUCUGGCAUGUCAGCAGAGUCGGUAGCCAUUUUGUUGUUAAAGAAAUUCUCGGAAAAGCAGCUUCCAAAGGCAUCCGAGCUGGAGUGGCUGGUACCUAUAUCUGAGGCUCCACAGGAGUUACUUCCCUUACCAAAGUCAUAUCCAGUAUCUCCAGAUGAUAUUGAAAAUGAGAUUGGAGGAUUCACAAACUCGCUGUUUGGGACAUUGAGAUUGAGAGGGAACAAUGAAUGGGCUCCUCCCAGAUCACAGAUCAUCUUUGACAUCCAUCCAUAUCAAAAGAGAGCUGUUGUUAUGGCAAAGCAAAAUUUCCGGUGUGCUGGAUGUGGAACCCGAGUUGAACCAGCCUAUAUUAAAAGAUUCCGAUACUGUGAAUAUCUAGGGAAAUACUUUUGUCAGUGUUGUCAUAGAAACGAAAUCAACUACAUUCCGGGGCAUAUAAUCAGGAAGUGGGAUUUUAAACAGUAUCCAGUGUCCAAUUUCUCUUGGAGAUUACUUUCAAGGAUUUUUAAUGAACCUUAUUUUAACCUAAGUACAAUUAAUCCAUCACUGUUCAAACGAGUGAAGUUGUUGGAGACAGUCCAUGCUUUUAGAGUGCAGCUCAUGUAUCUGUGUAAAUUUCUCAGGAUUUGUAAAUAUUCAGAAAGUCUGGUUGGUGAUAUAAAUGCAGAGCCCUCACAUUGGUAUGAAGAUGUGGACGUCUACUCCAUUAGUGACCUUGUUGGUAUAAAGAACAGUUCUAUAGUGACAAAGCUGAAGGAUUUAGUGACAAAGUCCAUAGAUCACGUGGAGCAGUGUUCGUUCUGUCAGGGCUUUGGCUACAUCUGUGAGCUGUGUGGAGAUGAGAGUGAUAUCAUCUACCCAUUCCAGUUGCAGACUGUCGUUGUUUGCAAAGAUUGCACAUCAUGUUUCCAUAAAGGGUGUUAUGUAGAGGGAAAGUGUCCCAAAUGUAUCAGGAUUGAAGCAAGAAGGCAGAGACAAUUGCUGGAAACGAAGAUCUUUGAUUCCUCAGAAGAAGAGAGCGGAAGUUAAGACUGCAACUAAUAGUGAAAUAGUGCAAUUAUUGUGAUAUUUUUCUUUGAAUUUAAUCUUUUAAUUUUUUGUUGUUGAAAUCCUGUAUAAAGUUUAUUUGUUUUUUUUUAUAAUAUAAGUGAGUGAAUUUAUCCUUUUAACUAUAAAAUAAAACCAUUGAUUAAUUAAAUCAAAUCAAACUGAUCACUCAGUAAUACAAUUAAAAAAUAUGCUUUUUAUUUUCAUUUUGAAAUGUAUGUUUUUUUUAUAUAUCAUUAUGGAACAUUAACAGCUGUUUAUUAUUAUUGGCUAGCUUUAUAUUUAAGGCAGGUUAGAGUAAUAUGAUUUAUAUACCACGUACCAGUUUUCAUUUCUGCAGACAUUGUGUAUUGUUGGUUUACUUAAUGAAAUCAACAUACUGCAAUAUUGUUUAAAAUCAAUUUUGAAAUAAAUUAUUUAAUUUACAA